CGCCGCCGCAUCCAACCCAUCUUCCUUCCUUCCUCUCCUCCGCCGCUCCGGUGGCGCGAUGGCCGCGCGGGCCCUCCUCCUCCGGACAGCCGCCCGCUGCUGCUCCCCUCUCCACUCCCCGUCCGCCGCCCCGCGCCUCCACCUGAGGCUCCGCAGCAACGCCGCCGCCCCCCAGCUCCGCUUCCCCUCGCUCUCCUUCUCUGCCUCCGCCGCGUCCACCAGCUCCCACGGCCCCAGCGGCGGUGACGCCGGAGAGGGGGAGGAUGACAAGGGAGGGUACGAGAACUACCUGGGGAUGACCGACGACGAGCUCAUGGCGCAGUGCGACAUGGGCACGUUCAAGUCCUCCGGCCCCGGCGGCCAGCACCGCAACAAGCGCGAGUCCGCCGUCCGGCUCCGCCACCAUCCCACCGGCAUCGUCGCUCAGGCUGUGGAGGAUAGGUCACAACAUAAGAAUCGAUCAUCUGCUUUAUCUCGGCUUCGGACCCUGAUUGCUCUCAAAGUCAGGAGGCCGAUAAACCUUGAUAACUACACUCCUCCAGUUGAACUUCUUCAGAUAUUGCCACUGAAGUCUACUAUUCGAUCAAAGGACGUUGGCAAUCAAAUUGGCCCAAAUAACCCAAAAUUUUCACCAGGAAUGCAAGCUUUAUUAGAUCUUCUAUUUGCUGUUGAAGGUUCUGUAUCAGAGGCAGCGAAAGUUCUAGGCCUAAGCACUGGUGCCCUGUCAAGGUUAAUUCUAUCAGAUGAUUCUCUGCGAGCAGCUGCAAAUGAACUGCGAGCCUCCAAGGGACUGAAGCCACUAAGAUGAUGCCCCUUUACAAUGUUGUCAUCUUCAACUGCGCCACAGGUGCCAAGAUGUCUCAUUGUUCAUGAUUUCAUGGCAUGCCAUUGGAGCUUAUGCCCAAUUCCCUACCGCAAGAAAUGCAGAACAUACACAUGGUCUGUCUUAUACAGGGUCAUCAUCAUGCUUGCUUGUUUGUCGCACACCAUUGUAACCUUGUUGUUGUACAGUGCAAUUGUACUUUCACAUGUUGCCAUCGCUUGAUGAUGCCUUCAACAAAUUGGAUCUAUUAAAUAUAAGUUUGAGCGAUAUAACGUCUUUUGCUACCAAA